AUGGCUUCCUCUCGCUUGCCCUCCUUCUCUUCUGGCGAUAUCGUGCAGCUAGUCUGCCGAUAUGCCCCCGCCUCCACCGACCUGCACCAUCGCGGUGAGGUGAAAGGCCUUCUCGAGCGCGUCGUCGGACAGGACGACUUUGCUGCAGUUGUCACGAAGUGGCAGCUCAGCUACCUGGCAGCCACUGUCACCUGCUCCGUCAGAGCAGGGGGCUGCCAGUCUUGGACCAUGAAGAUGGUCAUGAAUCCAGCUUGCCUCUGGAUUGGCCUCUACUCGGCUCCUUCUGUCCCCCAGGACAGUCAACGCUCUUCAGAGGUUUCCUCUGAGAGCUUCACCGGAUGCUCCUCCAUGUCAGGCCUGCUCGAAGGGAUAACAGCCUUGCGUCCACUCGACUUUCACAACGAGUGGAGCCCCCUCAUCCGGGGUUUGUCGGCUUUCCUGGAGAACGCGACUCAGGCCGACACUGAGGACGUCAUGCACGUCGAUCCUGUUGGCUCCGUCGACAGCUCAGAGGACGACGCCAUGACAAUCGAUGAAGACGACAUUUCCAACGUCGACAUCGACAUUCGGGACUUUCCCACGCCUCCUCCCUCCGACGCGGACAUCGACCUCUGGGACGCGCCUUCCCCUCCUUCUCUGGACGUCGACAUCGACAUCCCUGACUCGCCCUCGCCUCCAGUCACGGAUGUCGACAUCGACUUUCCCGACUCGCCCGCCCCCGCCACCACCGACGACGACAUGGUGAAUAUCCGUCUGUCACAGACGGUCUCCAGUCGGUGGUUCCCAGACCGACGCUGCGACUCCCUCAACUUCUCGGGGGCUCCACUCCAGGUUGGCAACCUGGACGUCACGGAUCGCGCGCGCUGGGUCCGCAAGAAGCAGAGCAAGUCAAUCUUGCUGGCUGCUGAGCGGCGGCGGUGGAUUCGGGCUGGGGACAAGCGACGGGCCUGGAUGGCUAGGAAUUUCGUCGCGUUGGUUCGAGGCAAGCCCGUUUGA